AUGCGACGCAUAAGGGUGUCGGGGAGUUUCAAGGAGGACGGUGCAGGCCCGGUUGUCGGCGGCGGACCAGGCAAUGAGUUUGGGAGUGAAUGCUGCCAUAUCCUCGUUAUACUUGGCGACGACCGCGAGAUGAUGGCAGACUUGUCCGCGGCCAACUGGAGCUUGUCGAUGAAGGAGAUGUCAAUAAGGGGAGGGAGAGGAGAAGGGAAAAGCGGGGCGGUAGCCAUGGGUGACGACCACGGGUGGACCCAUGGCGGUCACGAGGGGUGCGCAGGUGGCGGCAGCGGCGAGGGCGCGGGAAACCGCGACCGAAGUCGCGGGAGGGAGAGUGCAAGCGGCGGCGGCAGGGCAGGCCAUGGCGACCUUGGCGCGGAAUGUGGCGAGAGGGGCCGCGGGAGGGGAGGGGCACGGACGGCGGCAGCAGCGCGGUCCGCAAUGGCGGCAACGCGACGACCAGAGGCCGCGAAGGGGAGGGCGCAGUCGGCGGCGGUGGCGCGGGACGCGGCGAUUCGAGGCGCGGAGGCGCGGACGGCGGCGGUGGCACGGUCGACGGCAGUGUCGGUGUGGGACGCAGCAACCAGGGGCCGCGAGAGGGGAGGGCACGGACCGUAG